AAGGGGCGGGACUAAGAAAACCGUUAGCUGAGGGGAUGGUGUUUCUAUCUGAGAAAGAGGCGAGGCCUCUGGGGAAUCGUCGGGGAGGGGUGGAGCUAAAAUAAACCGUGGGGGCGGGAUUUGGAGGAACAGUGGCAAUCACCGCAAAAUUCAAAGGGAAGGGUGGGAUUCGAACGGAUGACAUUGAUGAAGGGGCGGGACAGGGGGGAAUUCCCCUGGGAAGAGAUUUGAGAAGGAAUCUAGAGAGGAGGUGGGGCCUAAAGGAUGUAUUUUAGAGGAAGAGGUGUGGCUGCAAGAAAAUUCCCCUGGGAUUGAGUGUUUUUUUUUAAUGAAAUGGAAUAUUAUGCGGUACUCCGCUUUUGCCUUGGUGCCUGUCUUCGUGCAGCUGAGUAACCGCCAGAGCCUCCUGCCACUUGUUGGUGCAGCCUUCUCCAUUGCCAUCCGUGCCCAACGCCCGUGCUGCAGCCAUGUCACUCCUGGCGACCCUGGGGCUGGAGCUGGACAGGACCCUGCUCCCAGCUAGCGGGCUGGGCUGGCUCGUAGACUAUGGGAAACUCCCCCUGGCCCCUGACCCCCUGGGCCCCUAUGAGGUCCUUGGGGGAGCCCUAGAGGGCAGGCUUCCAGCGGGGGGAGAGCCCCUGGCAGGCGACGGCUUCUCUGACUGGAUGACCGAGAGGGUGGACUUUACAGCCCUCCUCCCUCUGGAGCCCCCCUUGCCCUCAGGUGCCCUCCCCCCACCUUCCCCACCCCCACCUGACCUGGAAGCUAUGGCCUCCCUCCUCAAGAAGGAGCUGGAGCAGAUGGAAGACUUCCUUGAUGACCCACUCCUCCCACCAUCCUCCCCACCUCCGACACAGCCAGCACCAGCACCCCCCCUCUCCCUUCCCCUCCCCCUGCCCACCUUUGACCUCCACCCGACCCCGGCCCCGGACACCCUCGACUUGCUGGCCACCUACUGCCGCAGUGAGGCCGAGCAGGGGGACUCGGGGUUGGCGCCCCUGUGCCCCCCACAGCAACCCCCUUCUCCUCCCCCUCAACCAUCCUGCCCCACCCCCUACCCCAAUCCUGCCGCCACCCGAGGGGACCGCAAGCAAAAGAAGAGAGACCAGAACAAGUCAGCAGCUCUGAGGUACCGCCAGAGGAAGCGUGCAGAGGGCGAGGCCCUGGAGGGCGAGUGCCAGGGGCUGGAGGCCCGGAACCGGGAGCUGAGGGAGAGGGCUGAGUCGGUGGAGCGGGAGAUCCAGUACGUCAAGGAUCUGCUUAUCGAAGUGUACAAGGCUCGGAACCAGAGGACCCGGCCCAGCUAGCUGGGCCGGGUCUUCAGGCCAUAGCGGGCAUGCUGCUCUUCGGCUGUGGCUCACUUCUGUUUCUGGGGCUGAGGUGGGAGGUCCCCCAUCAUCCCCCUGCCUCUAGCUGCCGUCCAAACUUCCCCUCCCCCUCCCC